AUGAUGUUCGUCACGUACGCAAAACCUCUAGUCGGCGCUCGCAGAGGUUUGGCACCCACCGGUUCCGCAGCACCGGGCGUUUAUCCGUUGACCGAGGUACUGUUGCGAGACCGACUACGACGCCAACGGCAGUGCCGAACCGCCCGGCGGAACAUCAUAGCAAACCUCUCAUCUGAACAGUCUCGGAAGAAGCAUACGGUCGUGCCGAUCACAACGCGGAAGCAUAUCGAGGAAGCAAUCCGUGACGGGACACUCGACCAGCUCAAGCUAAAUCCAUACGAGUUGCCGAAACUGAACUCGGACUAUCUUCGUCACCCAUUAAUGGAAGAACUGGGCAACGACCAGAUCUUCAUCUCCGAUGACUGCAUCGGACUUAUCAAGUUCCAUGGCGGAUAUCUCCAAGAUAACCGAGAUCAACGUGUUCGCGGGGAGCUCAAGAAAUACCAGUUCAUGCUCCGUCUGAAAAUGCCCGCCGGCGAGUGUCCGCCUUCGCUGUAUACGACACUCGACGACAUCAGUGAAACCUAUGGGAACAAGACGCUGCGGCUCACGACGCGCUCUUCGUUCCAAAUCCACGGCAUCCAUAAAUCCAAUCUGAAAACCGUCGUCCAGAGCAUCGUGCGAGCGGGCGGCGGGCUGUAUGGUGCGAGCGGCGACUGCUCGCGCAACGUCAUCGCGCCGCCGGCGCCCUUCGUCGAUGCCGCGUAUGCGCAGGCACGACACGUUGCCAGAAUGGUGGCAGAGCUGUUCGCGAUUCAGUCGCACGCGUUUGCGGAUCUGUGGCUCGAUGGGGAGCUUGCCGCCAGCAUCGAGUACUGGAAGAAGGAGCUGGACAUGGACGAAGUUCGACGACUCAUGACGGAGGAUAACGGGCGUGGUCAGGUUCUGCAGGAUUCCGUCGAGCCGCUUUACGGAAAGCUGUACCUUCCGCGCAAGUUCAAAGUUGGUGUCACUGUUCCCGGGGAUAAUUCUAUCGACAUCUACACACACGACAUUGGAAUCGUCGUUUUUUGUGAUGCGCAGGGUCAACUGGAAGGUGCCAAUAUUCUCGUCGGCGGCGGCAUGGGUCGCACUCAUAACAAAGAGGAGACCUUCGCGCGUGCUGCCGAUCCGCUGGGGUACGUACCGGCAGCGGCGCUGUACGACACACUCAAAGCGAUCUUGGCUGCCCAGCGGGACCACGGCAAUCGUGCAGUUCGCACGAACGCCCGGAUGAAGUACCUGGUGCAUCGGCUGGGCAUCGAUCGAUUCCGCGAACUCGUCAAGUCGUAUAUGGUGGGUGGUGGCAGUGCGCUAGAGUCGAUACGCUCCAUGCCGCCGUGGACUUUCCAGGAUUAUCUGGGUUGGCGCGAGCAAGGAGACGGACGCUGGUUUUUCGGCCUCUACGUACAGAACGGGCGGAUCAAAGACGAGCUGAAGAAAGCACUCCGUGCCCUAACGGAUCGCUUCAACUUUCCCCUGGUAUGUACGCCGCAGCAGAACCUUCUCAUCACGCAGGUGCCAGCGACAGCGCGCCCUGACGUCGAGACGCUGCUGGCGUCGUUCGGCGUCGAGACGGCAGCAUCCGCACUGGAUCCGCUGAUGCGUGACGCGAUGGCGUGUCCAGCGUUGCCGCUGUGUCCGCCGGCGAUCACGGAGGCGGAGCGUGUCAUGCCGCGCUACGUGCAGCGCGUGCGCGAGCUGCUGUCCAAAGUCGGCAUCUCGCCGCACGCAUCGUUCGUGAUGCGCAUGACUGGAUGCCCGAACGGGUGCACGCGUCCGUACAUGGCCGAGUUGGGAUUCGUCGGAUCAGGUCCGAAUUGUACGUAUCAGGUGUGGCUGGGCGGGAGCCCGAUGCAGACGCGCCUCGCGUGGCCGUAUAUCGAUCGGGUGACGGACGAUCAGGUGGAGCGCGUCCUGGAGCCGGUGUUUGUAUUCUGGAAAAGCGCACGCGAGCCGGACGAGUCCUUUGGAGACUUUUGCGAUCGAGUUGGGAAGGCGCAACUCGAGGCGUAUGCGCAACGUUAUUGGGAUGGGGUGCCGGCAGCGCCCGUAUCGUAG